AUAAUGGCUGUCAUACAGCGAGCUCUGUUUACGUGGUUCAUGGCGUUAAUUUUCCUCAUUUUACUUGUUUUGAAGCUCGAUGACAAGGUGGAUUGGAAUUGGUUCAUCAUCUUCAUUCCCAUGUGGCUCUAUGACAUCGGAGUCGUCAUCUACGUCUUUGUCACCAUGGUGCGCCACUGUAAAAACCGUGCCUACCAUGACCGAGGACUCGUCAGCAUAAAAAGGCGGGCGUGGUACCUGACCUCGUUAUUCAUGAAACUCAUCUUUGAAAUUAUACUUUGUCUGAGGUUCCAGUAUGUUUCUUCGCUGUCAUUAUUUUAUGUCAUGAUACCGCUGUGGAUAUUACUAAUUGGGUCAGUCGUAGAUGUGGGGAAAAAUGUCAUUGGACAGUAUCUGCCGGACAGGUCAUCAUGACACCAGAUGGUGCUAGUAGACAGGACAACAUUGUGAAACUAGAGGAUCCUUGGUGCAGAACAAGGACACUGUGACACUAGAGGGCCCUAGUGAACAAGACAGGAUUUUGUGACAUCAGGGCUCCAUGCUACACAGGACAGUAUUGUGAAACUACAGGGCAUUUGGUGCAGGACAAGGACACUUUGAAACUAAGGGGCGGCUGGGUGUUCAGGACAAGAUAAUGAGUCACUGAGGGUCCUUACAAUACAGGACAUUAUAUUUUGACAACAGGGGUCCCUACUGUGCAAGACAAGAUGUGACACCAGAAGUCUCUUCUGUUCAGGACAAGAUGUGACACCAGAGGUCUCUACUGUACAGGACAAGAUAUGAUACCAGAGGUCUCUACUGUACAGGACAAGAUAUGAUACCAGAGGUCUCUACUGUACAGGACAAGAUAUGAUACCAGAGGUCUCUACUGUACAGGACAAGAUAUGAUACCAGAGGUCUCUACUGUACAGGACAAGAUAUGAUACCAGAGGUCUCUACUGCACAGGACAAGAUAUGAUACCAGAGGUCUCUACUGUACAGGACAAGACAUACUGUCACCAGAGGGACAUAGCGUGCCCAUUUUGAUCUAUUCUGAUGGAUUGAAACACUUCCUGGAACACUGAUGACCAUCAUUUGAUGGAAGAAGGCUGUGAUUGUCAACUUAUAACAUGGUCUCUUUACAGUAAAGUUUAGAAAAAUAUAAUAGCAGUAAACAAAUGAAAGUUUUAAGGCCACAAUCACCCAAUUAAGUAAAAAGACUUCAGUUGAAUAGCUUAAAAGGUGCUAGAGUGAGUCUUUUGGGAGUCUGUGGCUGAAUCGAUUGUUACAAAUAAAAAUAAAGUUGAGUCAAGAAUAACAUCAUAGUAAUUAAUUCUAAAUUGCAGAUAUGUCUUUUUUCCCAAUCAUUGAAAAAAUUUACACACUGUUGAGUAAAAAAAAAACAAACAAAAAAACAAUGUUCUAUUUGAUUUCCUGAAUAUCUUUGUUACCUGUUGUGCAUAGUUAAAAAUUGGCGGUGAUUGUGCUGUUAAGUAUUAUUUAAUAUUGACUAAAAAUCCUAUUUUGAACGUUGCCACUAUAAAGACCACUUAAGGAAAACCGCGUUACUAAUAAUUCUCAAACUCAAAAGAUUAAUAGAGCUGAUAUACAGCUUGAUUUAAAAAAAUAGGCUAUCAUUAAUUGAAUUUU